AUGCCUCCGCACUUAUCGCAUCUCCUGCAGCCACUUGAUGUGGGCUGUUUUGCCCCUCUAAAGAAGGCGUUUAGUAGGCGUGUACAAGACUUAGCACAUAAGCGUGUCUUCUACAUUAAUAAAGAAGGCUUUCUCCCUACCUUUAAGGCUGUGUUUUUUAACAUAUUUACAGCAGAGAACUGUUACAAGGCCUUUAAGGCAGUAGGGCUAGUCCCUCUUAAAGCGCAGGUUGUGUUAGAUUACCUUAAA